AUGCAUGCAGCAGAACAAGUCGUUCCGCGGCAAAACGCUAUUGUUCAAGAAGAUGAAAAUGUUGCCGACAUCAAAAAGUUACUGAGCGUCGGAAUUUGUACGAUUAAAGGCAUUAUGAUGACAACAAGAAAACGCCUUUGUGAAGUGAAAGGUCUUUCAGAAGCAAAAGUUGAUAAAAUUAAAGAAAUCGCGUGUAAACUCUCGAAUAGUGGAUUUAUCACAGCUAUGGAAGUAUCGCAACGAAGGAAACUUUGUUAUCGCAUCAGUACGGGAAGUCGCGAAUUAGACAAACUUCUGGGAGGUGGUAUCGAAAGUCAAGCUAUAACGGAGGUUUUUGGUGAAUUCCGAACUGGCAAAACACAGCUUUCACAUACCUUAUGUGUAAUGUGCCAGAUGCCAAAUGAAACUGGAAGCUUUAAAGGUGGUAAGGUCAUCUACAUCGACACUGAAAACACAUUCCGUCCAGAUCGUUUGCGCCAAAUUAGUGAACGUUUCCCUAUUAAUCAAGAAGAAAUGCUAGACAAUAUUCUGUAUGCACGUGCAUACACUUCUGAUCAUCAAAUGGAAUUACUUGAUUUCGUUGCUGCAAAAUUUCAUGAAGAGCUAGGCAUUUUCAAACUGUUGAUUGUUGAUUCAAUCAUGGCCUUGUUCCGAGUUGAUUACAGUGGCCGUGGUGAGCUAGCAGAGAGGCAACAAAAGCUCGCACAAAUGUUAUCACGUUUACAGAAAAUCGCAGAAGAAUACAAUGUUGCAGUCUUCAUUACAAACCAAAUGACUGCAGAUCCAGGUGCUGGAAUGACUUUCCAGGCAGAUCCUAAAAAACCAGUUGGAGGUCAUAUAUUAGCUCAUGCAUCUACCACUCGAAUCAUGCUCAAGAAGGGUAGAGGUGAGAACAGAAUUGCAAAAAUCUACGACUCACCUGAUUUGCCCGAAAACGAAGCCACAUUUGCUAUUGCUAUAGUCGGUGUGAUUGAUGCGAAGGACUGA